AUGGAGGCUGCAGAAAUCGGCGGCGCUCUCCUGUUCGCCCUCGCCGCCGCCGCGGCCCUAUUCUCCGCCGUCUCCACCGGCGCCGUCGACUUCAGCCACCCGCUCGCCGUGGGCGGGCGGGUGGACUUCCAGGAGACCAUCUCGUGGUUCAUCGGCAUCUUCGAUGGCUCCUCCUCCUCCUCGUCGGCGGCGGGGGGCGUGUCGCUGGCGGAGGUGUACGAGCUGUGGGUGCGGGUGCGGGGCCGGGUGAUCGCGCCGGCGCUGCAGGUGGCCGUCUGGGCGUGCAUGGUCAUGUCGGUGAUGCUGGUGGUGGAGGCCCUGUACAACUGCGUGGUCAGCCUCGGCGUCAAGGCCGUCGGCUGGCGCCCCGAGUGGCGGUUCAAGUGGGAGCCCCUCGCCGGCGACGACGAGGAGAAGGGGGGCGCCCACUACCCCAUGGUCCUCGUGCAGAUACCCAUGUACAAUGAGCUGGAGGUGUACAAGCUGUCGAUAGGCGCGGCAUGUGAGCUCCAGUGGCCAAAGGACAGGAUAAUCGUCCAAGUGCUGGACGACUCCACCGAUCCGUUUAUCAAGAACUUGGUGGAGCUUGAAUGUGAAAGUUGGGCGGUCAAGGGUCUGAACAUCAAGUAUGCCACGAGAAGCAGCCGGAAGGGGUUUAAAGCAGGAGCCCUGAAGAAGGGAAUGGAAUGUGACUAUGCCAAGCAGUGUGAAUAUGUUGCCAUAUUUGAUGCUGAUUUCCAGCCUGAACCAGACUUCCUUCUCAGAACAGUGCCGUUCUUCGUGCACAAUCCAGAAGUUGCUCUUGUUCAAGCUCGGUGGUCGUUCGUGAAUGACACCGCGAGCCUGUUGACAAGGGUACAAAAGAUGUUCUUUGAUUACCAUUUCAAAGUUGAGCAAGAAGCAGGAUCAGCAACCUUUUCCUUCUUCAGCUUCAAUGGAACCGCUGGAGUGUGGCGUACAUCAGCCAUCAAAGAGGCAGGAGGUUGGAAGGACCGCACUACAGUUGAAGACAUGGACUUGGCAGUCCGAGCAACCCUGAAGGGUUGGAAAUUUGUAUAUGUCGGGGAUAUCAGAGUUAAGAGUGAAUUGCCAUCCACUUACAAGGCCUACUGUCGACAGCAAUUCCGGUGGUCCUGUGGUGGUGCACAUUUAUUCCGAAACGUAGCAAAAGAUAUUUUGACUGCGAAGGAUGUAUCUCUCAUCAAGAAGUUCCAUAUGCUCUAUAGCUUCUUCUUGGUUCGGAGAGUUGUGGCCCCUACUGUCGCGUGUAUUCUCUACAAUAUCAUACUUCCAAUCUCAGUUAUGAUCCCAGAACUAUUCCUACCAGUCUGGGGCAUCGCAUAUAUUCCCACAGUACUUUUAGUGGUCACAGCCAUUAGACAUCCAAAAAAUUUACACAUUCUGCCAUUUUGGAUUUUGUUCGAGAGUGUGAUGACAAUGCAUCGCAUGAGAGCUGCCCUCUCUGGUCUAUUCGAAUUAUCAGAGUUUAACGAGUGGGUCGUGACAAAGAAAACAGGGAACAAUUUUGAAGAUAGCGAAGUUCCCUUGUUACAGAAAACAAGGAAAAGAUUAAGAGACAGGGUUAAUUUUCGCGAGAUUGUAUUUUCGGCGUUUCUUUUCUUCUGUGCAUCGUACAACCUUGUAUUCACUGGCAAGACUAGCUACUAUUUUAAUCUCUAUCUCCAAGGACUAGCAUUUGUAUGUCUAGGGCUAAACUUCACUGGCACUUGCAGUUGCUGUCAAUGA